AUGGAGGGCUCGCCGGGCUCGCUGUGGGAGCUUCUGAUGGCUUUCUUGGCUGAGGUGUCGAGAGCCGGUAAUGCGAUUCAAGGCUUCGGAAUGUGGCUUGUGAUGAUUGGACUGGUGCUCGAGAGCACCCCGCUGAACCUCCUCACCCGGUCCCUUCUGCCCUUCUUGGCCGGCAUCUUCGUUGCUCGCCUGUUGCCGGAGCUGUACUUGGCUGUGUGCUUUGGGUUUCUGGUUGUGGAGACGCGAAGCUGCCUGGCUCCAGUGAUCACUGGCGUUUGGAACGCGUCCGCUGCGCAGUACCCACCCCUUGGAGCCCUUGCAGCACAGGUUUCUGACAGGAGUCAGCAGUGGAUCGCAACUUUGCAAAGACACCCCUGCGUCAGAGGAAUCAUGCAGCAGCUGGACCACAGCUCUAGCAUCACGGGGCCCAGGACUUGGCUUUUUCUGGCAUGGCUUCCCCUAGUUCUACCCUGGACCCUCAUCUUCCGCCUGGAGUCCUCUGCGGCAGUGAUGCUUGCCCUUCAUGUUGGGUUCUUGCUGAACUUUCCAUUGCACUCUGCCAACUCUGAGCAGCGGGCUGACUUGCUGCGCUUGGUUCAGCACGUGGGUGUGGAGCUCCGGAGGAUGAAGAUGCGCGUGUUUGGCAUCGUGGCAGCUACAGUCGCCAUGAUGUGGGUCCUCCCGCUUUACCUAAUUAUUCCUCUAGAGGCCUUGGCCGUAGGUGGUCUUGCAGCAGCCUUGUGUUUGGAUGAACGCUUGCGAGAGAACUACAUCAACAAACUGUCCGAACUCGGUCAGAUAUUGCCUUCCGAAGAAUUGGUGGAUCAGACACUUCAGCAAGUCUUCAUGCCGUUUGUCAUUAUGACAGUAAACUUCAAUUGCCUGGCGACUUCGUUGCGUAAGCUUCCGAUGAAAAGGAGGCGGACACUCCUUGGAUGGGCAAUGGCGGGGGCUGGCACCGCACUGGCUCUGAGCCUUCUCACGUGGCUGCUCUACCUCUGCGCAGCCGGCCUGCAGUGGGUGCCUCGUGUCAUCUUGGUGGCUGUGGCCCUGACCUCCUACUCUCUGCGGGACGACACAGAGUUGAGGUCCACCGCGCUGCUCUGCGGCAUCACAACCUUUCUGACCCUGGAGAUGACAGUCACGGGCUGCGCGUGCGCCUGCCGCAUUGGGAGCGUGUCGAACACCUUGAUGAUACCGCUGAAGAUUCUGACGCACGUGGUGGGCCUCUGGCUUGCAGGCAUGUCCAUGAUUGCCAUUCAGCAGCUGUACUCUUGGAACCUGCGCCUCAGGAAGUUAAUUUUCAAAGCGUGGCUCAUGGCUGGGGAGCCCACCACCCUGACCAUCACAGUGCCGGAGGGCGGUCACACCAUGCUGGACUUAGCCCUUCAGCAGGUCGGGCACGACAGCUCUUCCAGGAACUUUGAUGUGAGUUUUGAUGGCCCGUCCAGCUUCACAACAGACAGGAUUGAUAUGAAUGGGCUCACAAAACAUUUCUGUACCCUGGUCGGAAAGGCAGUUCGGCUAGCUCCAGAUGCUGACUCUGACAGGGCAUGGCCCUUCAUGAGGCUGUGGGACAAGGAUGCUGCCCGCCCGACCUAUCACCUCAACUAUGAGGCACGCUUUUUCCAAUUCCUAAAACAUGAUGAGUACACCCCAGAGCGGGUAGAGGAGGAUUACCGCAACCUUGGCAGCCUCGUGGCAAUGUUCUUCAUGAAGGGCCUGCCCUUCUUGAGGCUGAGCAAGGCUCUGAUUAAGUUCCUGCUGCGGGAGCAGCGCGCGGAGGCAGAGGUUGACGAGCACGAGCUGGCCAUUUCCCUUGAAGACUUGGAGGAGAUGCGUCCAAGCCUUUCGAAGCAGAUGAUGGACCAACACCUGGAUGGAGCAGAGGACUUGUUCAACACGUGCUCCUUGGAAGAAGACAUUCUGGACAAGGGAACGAUCCAGAUCGCGACCGACGCCCCAAAUCCGUGGAAGCGCAGCAGGCAGAACUGCAAGCAGGUCGCCGAGAAGCUGUUGGAGAAUGACUACGUCCUGCCAGUCAUGGAAGCGUUUCGUGAUGGCUUCCGGACGCGCCUCCAGAUGGACAUCUUGGGCAAGCACUUCACCGCCGAGGAGGUUCAGGCGAUGCUUGCUGGAAGCGACACCGUCAACGUCGUGGAUUGGCGUGCUCACACGAACUACCCAAACGGCAACAGCAAUCACCCUGUUGUGAAGAUGUUUUGGCGCACCCUCAUGCGGUGCACGCAGGAGCAGCUACAGGUGCUGUUGAUGGAGGUCACGGGACAGCCAACACCUCCAGCAGGUGGGUUUCAGGAACUGCUGCCACCUUUCGCACUGGCCGUGCAUGAGCAUGACGCGGCCCAUGAAAGUCUGCGCCAUGGCAAGCUGGCAUUCCACACUUGCUUCAACUCGGUAGACAUUCUUGCGACGACAACAGAGGAGGAGUUGUCAAGCUUCCUCAGCCACCUGCUGUCUGGAAAGCAAGACUGA